AGGUAGAUAAAUAGAUGAUAUUAAUGACACAUAAGAAAGUCCCUACCAGCCCGCUUUCCAUUCCACCUCUCUCUCUUUUUCUCUAUCUGUGAUCGCCAUUAAUGCCGAUGGAUUACAACACAUACAACUCAGAACUCUACACACACACGCAUUUCAAUUCAAACACUUGACUAAAUGGGGAAGAAGAACAUGAACCACCUCAUCCCUUCUAUGUUCUUACUCAACAAACACAUCUGGUUAUGGCCCUCCUGCAACACCCAUCCCAAAACCCUAUCUUUCCGAGCCACCACUCAUCACUUUAUAAACCCCAACAACAACAACAACAACCCAUUGGUUCCACUUGAACUUGACCCAGAAGUUGAUCAGUUUAAUACACUCGGUUGUUCCUACUUCACCAACUCAUCAGAAUAUUAUUAUUCUCCCAGCAUUUCAACCGAGUCAGACUCUGUGGAGAGCAUUGUUCGCGGUGCCCGCUCACAUGAACGCUUGUUUUUCGAGCCUGAUUCGACGAGUUGUUUGAUUCUUGAUGGUAAAGGAAGUGGGAGGCAAUGUACGUCGGAGAUUAGUGAAAAUGGUGGUGGUUUGCCGUAUAAAGAGAGUGUGGCGGUGGUGAUGGAGACGGAGGAUCCUUAUGAUGAUUUCAAGAAAUCUAUGAAGGAGAUGGUGGAGAUUCAUGAGUUGAAAGAUUGGGAUUGUUUGGAGGAGUUGUUGGGGUGGUAUUUGAGGAUGAAUGAUGAGGAUAACCAUGAGUUUAUUGUUGGUGCUUUCUUUGAUUUGCUUGCUGGGAUUAAUUCCGGCGGUGGUGGUGGCGGUGGCGGCGGUGGUGAUGGUGGUGUGAGUGUUUGUUGUGUUGAUCAUUCUUCAGCUUCUUUAACUUCUCCUGCUUCCACUUUUUCUUCUCCUAUUUCUUCUCCUAAUGGUAAUUAACUAAUUGUGUAUAUGGCUAGAUUUCUUGGAUAUAUAUAUUUUGUUAUAAAUCAUAUAACUCUUUUAUUGAACUCAUCAUAUCAAUUACUAAUCACCGAUGAUCUAAUGGUAUGGUGAUUGACGUUCACAAAAUUGAUGUGAAUAUAAAUCACUGGCUCAUUGCAUAAGCAAAGUUAAUAGAUGGUUACGUGAAUAUAAAUCAUUGGCUCAUUGCAUAUGCAAGUUAAUAGCUGGUUUAUGUGUAAAAGAAUUGUUGUUAAAAAUAU